GAGGAUAUCAAGGAGUGUAGAGCAAGAUGAGGAUCUCCCUUUUUCUGUUGGUUGCUGCAGCAGCCGUGGCAGAUUGUUAUGGUAGCAAGUACAGCAGCCCUUCCAAAAGGGAUCUCCUGGUGCGUUCCAAAAGAAGAUGGGUCUUAUCUACAAUUGAAUUAGAAGAAGAGAAGGAUGGACAGUACCCCAUGGAGAUUUCAGUGAUGUAUAACGACAAGACUCAGGGGAAAGACUUUAGGUUCCGUUUAAGUGGUGAAGGUGUGCCGGACGUGUUUACCAUCAAUGAAAACACUGGAGCCGUCUUUGCACAUAAAAAAGUGGACAGGGAGCAAAAGCCACUUUACCAUAUUAACUUUGAUGUCUUGGACAGAAAUACGGGUGAACAACUAGACAAGGAACUAGCAUUUGAUGUUGAAAUACAAGACAUAAAUGAUAAUCCACCCAAGUUCUCUUUUCCUGAAGUAACAGUUAAUGUAAAAGAAAAUAUACAAGGAAGCCUUUUGCCAGUUACCCUGGUGGUCACAGACAAAGAUAAGGAGAACACAGCCAACUCUGAAUUUAACAUCACGAUGGUUUCACAGACUCCAGCAGAGCCCAAAAUUGCUGUGCAGCAACUUCCAGGAGGACUGGCCAAACUCACCUUAAAAGGAUGCUUUGACUAUGAUAAAGCAACAAAGUAUACCAUCGUCUUACAAGCAAAAGAUCGUGGAACAAAGCCAAAGACUCAGUCCUCUACUGCUGUUGUUACCCUGAACAUUGUCGAUGCGAACACUCACCAACCAAGAUUUAAGCAGAGACAGUACAACGGUGAAGCAAUAGAAAUGGAGACCAUUGCUAAUGUUUUGAGAGUUGCUGUGGAGGAUAAAGACACUCCAAACACUGAUGCAUGGCGUGCCAAGUACUCCAUUAUUGCAGGGAAUGAAGAAGGAAUCUACAAAAUUGAAACUGAUCCAGAAACAAAUGAAGGUGUCCUGAGUAUUGUCAAGAAAAAAAAUUUUGAACGCACAACUUCAAUAAACCUGCAGAUUGGAGUAAAAAACAUUGAAGACAUAUUUGUUUGUGCUGGCACAAAUCCACCUACAGACAGAGCCAAUGUCACUCUAAAAAUGAUUGAUACCAACGAUCCACCAGAGUUUGAAAAAGCUAUAGAUGACAUGCACUUGAAGGAGGAAGCAGAGCCAGGAAAGGUGCUGUUCAAGCCAAAGGUUCAUGAUGUCGACUCUAAUAUUAUCAGGUAUGUGCUCCUAACAGAUCCAGCUGACUGGGUGGCCAUUGAUACCAAAACAGGAGAAAUCAAAUCAACUAAGAGGAUGGACAGAGAGUCACGAUUUGUUGAUGACGAGAAUGUUUACACAGUCGUCAUAGCUGCCAUAGAUGAUGGUCAGCCUCCAGCCACGAGCACAUGCACUGUCAGGAUCCACCUGACGGACAUCAAUGACAAUACUCCUAAACUGGUCAACAACAGCGCUGUCAUGUGUGGAAACAAGGUUAACAAGGUCAAGGUGCAUGCAAAGGACCUAGAUGCCAUUCCUUACAGUGGACCCUUCCACUUUACUCUGGGGGAUGAAACACAAAAGCAACAGUGGAAAAUAGAACCUGACUAUGGUGAGGAAGUAUCUCUUGUUAGCCAGAAGACACUUCCUUAUCUUAACUAUUCCAUUCCCUUGGUGAUUAUGGACCAACAGGGCAUAGCUGGACUUGACACUCUGCAAUUGACCGUGUGUCAGUGUGAUGAAAAUGAUGUUUGUCGCGACAGAGAGCCGCUUUCAACCCGUCUUGGACCAGCUGGCAUUGGGUUGGUUAUUAUUGGAUUGCUUGCAUUUUUGUUGCUUCUAAUUGCAUUUUUCUGCAAGUUUGGACCAGAUAAGAUUUUGCCACAAGAUGAGGGCAAUCAGACUCUAAUCCAGUACAAUCAAGAAGGAGGGUGCUCUCCAUGCAUGACCGAGCCCAAUUUCGUCCCGUCACAAGUAGAUAAUAUGGCAGUGACAAAUGGUCAGAUGGAUACCAUGCAGAUUGAUACAGAAGGACCAUAUGACAUAAAUGGGUACAACAGCUCAGCGUCUACCAUGUUCCACUCACUAGGCAUGCAUCAACAAGAAACCUACAGGAGCCAUGGCAUGAGAAGCAUGGCCGGCUCAUCAAUUUACCAACGUUCUUUCAGCCUUCGAUCGGCUGACCGCAUUGAAGACCAUAUCAACAGGAGAUGUAACGAGGUUGAUGGAAAUGUUGUUGACCACCCAACAUACCAACCCCACAGCUAUGCCUUUGAAGGAGAUGGCAGCAUAUGUCAGUCAUUGGAUAAACUGUCAUUCCACGACAUGGGAGAGGAUUUUAAGUAUCUGGAUGAUUUGGGGCCAAAGUUCAAGACUUUGGGACAGAUGUAUGAUGAGGCAAUAAAAAAAAAGAAAGUACAGCUUUAAAAGGCACUGCUGAUAUGUAAAUUGUAUUCCAAGUUUCGCUCCCUAAAAUACAGACUGAGCAGAGAUGAUACACCACUACGUUUUAAUAUUUUUACUUAAAGAAUUUGGACUAUAACAUCUAAUUCAUCCUAAGCCAGAUAUAUUUUGUUGGCAUUAAGAUGGAUUUAGCGCACUGCACAGCUAGUGACGCACUAGUGGUUUGUGAAAUGUAAUAACUUGAAAGGGAUUAGGUGUGUUUUCUUGUUUUUUUAGUUUGCUUUGUCAGGGCAGUAUUAUUGGGAAAUUUAAUAGAACUUCUUUUGUUGAAACUGAGAUGACUCCUGUUAGUCACAUUUUUCUAGAGUACUGUUUUGUAAAGGAUUUUUGAUGAGAACACAGGGCUUAUCAUAAUGGGUUAUUGUUCAUGCAAGUUAGAAAUGUCCUUGGCCUAUGGUUGAUGAUCGAGUGACAUACUGGUCUGGAAUUAACACUGGAUAUCCUACAAGAUUAAAACGUUAAUGUUAAUGUUUAGUUUUCGUAUUUGCAUUUCAUGAUACAAAAAUAACAAACUUUAUUCCUAUAACACCUUUCUAAACCAGUCACAAGGUUCUUUAAAUACUUUACAAUACAAAAAUAACACAUUUUUAUA